AACACUUUUUCUCCCUCUAUAUAACCUUACACUCCCCAUUCUUCCCACCACCACCACCAACAACAACCUUUCAAACCCUCCAACCUUAGUUUCAAUUCAAAACUUGUUCACCCUUUAUUCUCUCCUCUUCCAAACAUCAACCAUGGCUUCAAUAAUGACCUUGAUGAUAUCCACCUUGCUCUUUCUUUCUUUCACUUUGUCAUGUGCUAUUGACACCUCCACCAUCACCAACUACACUGACAAUGAGGUCAUGACCAUGUACGAGGAGUGGUUGGUGAAGCACCAAAAGGUGUACAAUGGGUUGGGAGAGAAGGACAAGAGGUUCCAAGUUUUCAAAGACAACUUGGGGUUCAUACAAGAGCACAACAACAACCAGAACAACACUUACAAACUUGGGUUGAACAAGUUUGCUGACAUGACAAAUGAGGAAUACCGUGUCAUGUAUUUUGGCACCAAGAGUGAUGCCAAACGCAGGCUCAUGAAAACCAAGAGCACCGGUCACCGCUACGCGUACAGUGCCGGUGACCAGUUGCCGGUGCACGUGGAUUGGAGGGUGAAGGGUGCAGUUGCUCCCAUCAAAGAUCAGGGAAGUUGUGGAAGUUGUUGGGCGUUCUCAACGGUGGCCACAGUGGAAGCAAUAAACAAGAUAGUGACAGGGAAGUUUGUGUCCUUAUCUGAACAAGAACUUGUGGACUGUGACAGAGCCUACAAUCAAGGAUGCAAUGGUGGCCUUAUGGACUAUGCAUUCGAAUUCAUCAUUCAAAAUGGUGGCAUUGACACAGACAAAGAUUACCCAUACCGUGGCUUUGAUGGCAUCUGUGAUCCAACUAAGAAAAAUGCAAAGGCGGUGAACAUUGAUGGGUACGAGGAUGUUCCACCGUAUGAUGAGAAUGCCUUGAAGAAAGCUGUCGCUCGUCAACCCGUAAGCAUUGCUAUUGAAGCCUCUGGCAGAGCUUUGCAACUUUAUCAAUCGGGUGUAUUUACUGGUGAAUGUGGGACAAGUUUAGACCAUGGUGUGGUUGUUGUUGGAUAUGGCUCUGAAAAUGGUGUGGAUUACUGGCUAGUGAGGAAUUCAUGGGGCACUGGAUGGGGUGAGGAUGGCUAUUUCAAGAUGCAACGCAAUGUGAGAACCCCCACGGGCAAGUGUGGAAUUACAAUGGAGGCCUCCUACCCAGUGAAGAAUGGUUUAAACUCUGCUAAUUCAGUUUAUGAAAGCACUGAGGUGUAUGUUAGCAGUGCUUGAUAUAACAACCUUCAUCGUUAUUUAUGAUCUUUGGAAUUGGGAAGAGGAACAAGUGCUCAAGUUGCAAAUGUUUCUGUUAUCUUUGAUGCUUCUAUUGAAUAUGUCUGUUGGGCUAUUCUUGUACAUAUAUUUCUUCAGGUUAAAAAACUGAACCUGAUUAUCAAUUUGUACUGGUUUUCACUCAUUGUUAUUCCAUUUGAAUGUUUUAUCUGAAAUCCUUAAUGAUAUGGAUGCGCUAGUUAUAUUUCUGAAUUC